GGGAAGCGUUGCACCAGGCAUUCAUGCACGAAUAUUUUCCACCUUCUGCCAUGGUCAAAAUAAAAAACUCCAUCCAAAAUUUCCGCCAGGCGCCUAUGGAAUCAAUGAGCGAAGCAUGGGAAAUAUUCAAAGAAUUGAAGGUUAAAUGCCCACCUGCUUUAAUUGAUUCCGAUAGCUUGAUGUUCUACUUUUACCAAGGCCUGACAGUACCAUCUAAGAAAGAAUUGGACCACUCUUCUAAACUUGGUUCUUUUCUGGAGAUGACACCCGAGGAGAACGAGGAGUUAGUAGAUAGACUUACGUCGAAUGCUAAAUAUUGGUAUGAAGACCGAGCUCGUCCUCCUAAAGCCGGCAUGUACGAAGUAGACCAUUUCACAGCCCUCAAGGCUAGUAUGGAGAGCAUCGUGAAACAAACUAUCAAGGAGCACCUAGGAGCUUCACAUCCACGUCCCAAUCCGUACACUGAACCGGUGAACCAAGCUAAACUCUAUGGUUCUGGUAGUCACCACCAAUCCGAUCUUGUCUUAUCUUGUGAACACUGCUUUCAAAAUCAUCUUUCCUCCGCUUGUCCGUUGAUUGAACCACCCCCUUCGAACAAGGCUAAGGAUGUUAAUCUAGCACAAUAUGCGAAUAAAGGGGAAGGGCCUUGGGCCCAGAGCAAUCAGGAGCACUGGCGGGAAAGAAACAAUUUUCAAAGAAACAAUCGUCCUAGGGAUGACUAUAAACAAGGUAACUGGAAUAACAAAACCAAUUACCAAAAUAACAGUACAUCCUACGUUCCACCUCAUAAUUGCCAACCUCCGCAAGAAGAUUCCUUGGCAAGGAUGGAAAAGAUGAUGAUGGAGUACAUGCAGAAGAUGAACAAUCUAGCAGAUGAUCUGAAGGAACGUGACAAGACACGUGAUAACCAACUCCAACAAGUGUUUAAACAACUUGGAGUUAGAGAACAGGGGAACCUCCCAGCUACCAUUGAACAAAACCCAUGGGAGCAACUUCGGGCAAUAACUUUGAGAAGUGGUAAAGAGCUUCAAGGCCCAGAAGUCGAAGCCAAUAUAGAUGAAGUACCCGUGGAUACCUCUAUAGGAACAACCCCUCAAAAGAAGUCUGAAUCCACACCCCAAGGGGCGAGAAAGGAAGAAACCUCCUCUAGCCAACCCCUACCAACCAGGCAGACUCAGCUAAACACUAUCCCCUACCCUACUAGGGUGAAAAAGAACAAGGACGAGAAGGCUUUCCAAAAGUUUCUCGAUGUCAUUGGCCAAGUUGAGGUCAAAAUGCCCUUAGUGGAUGUGUUGACUGAGAUGCCCAAAUAUGGUAAAUUCUUAAAAGACCUCGUAACUAAAAAGAGGGAUUGAGAGGAAUUCCCAGUUGUCAACUUAAAUGCUGAAUGCUCGGCUAUGUUACUUGAG